AUGCUAUUAGCUCGAAUAGGAAGACUUAACUUUGGUCGUUGUUAUGCAGCGGGUGCAGAAUUCCUCAAAGAUGUUCCCUUGACGAAACGAGAUGGCGAAACAGUCAAAAUUGAUGACUUGAAAAAUAAGGCGAUUAUACUGUAUUUCUCAUCAGGAUGGUGUGGUCACUGCCGCUUGUUUACUCCCAAGUUGAAAAAAUGGUACGAUGAAGCAGGAAAAGAUGAAGAUAUUGAAAUAGUUUGGGUCUCUCGUGAUCGUGAGGCGAAACACCAGUUAGAUUAUUAUAAUAAAGCACUACCCAAUGUGCCAUAUAUCCCAUUUGGUGACAAACAUAUUCCAGAAUUCCUGAAGAAAUAUGACGUGAAGACGAUACCCGCUGCUAGGCUAGUAAAUAGCAGUGGCGAAGUAAUCGAUCAAGAAGUCAGAAAUAAAGUUCAGGAUGAAGGUCAAGUCGACGCCAGAAGGCUAGCGAAGGAAUUUCGAAACAGCGUGUAA